AUGCGCUGUCUCCUCGGCUUGAAUCUUCUCGCCUCCUUGGCUUCCGCCGCGGCAGGAGUGAUCGCAGCCGCCAACCCAGGCGCUCUCUCCGGGUCGACCCACGUGACCGACGGCGAGCGUUUCUAUCAGCGCAUGUAUUCCGCGCGUACGAUACCAUUUGAGCUAUUAGCUGGACUCCUCCCGUGCUACUUUGACGGACCCUUGGUAUCGCUGGUGGUCGGGGCUUCCGCGGCUGUUCAAGCAGCGGACGUUGCGAUUGGUCUUGGAAAGGGGGACUUGAAAAUGGUUUCGGGCGCUUUGAUUGCAACAGUCGUCCAUGCUGUGUGUUUCUUUUCGGUCCGUUGA